AUGCGGGUUAGUCACUGUCCUUGUCUGUUUUGUCCUUCGUUUGUUGUCCUUGGCAUCCGUAAGUCGUUGUUCCUGUGGUGCAGGCGGAACUGGAGAGAUGCUGAAGUGGACUGUGCUGGGGUGUGCAAAUAUGAAGGAAGAGGGGGAAUGUGUUCCAUUCGUCUAAGUGAGCCGCUCCUAAAGUUAAGACCAAGGAAGGAUCUUGUUGAGACACUGUUGCAUGAAAUGAUCCAUGCCCUGCUUUUUGUUACUAAUAAUGACAAAGAUCGUGAAUCUCAUGGACCAGAGUUCUGCAAACACAUGCAUCGCAUUAAUCGCUUGACUGGAGCCAAUGUCACAAUCUAUCAUAGUUUUCAUGAUGAGGUGGAUUUGUACCGCCAGCACUGGUGGCGAUGCAAUGGCCCCUGUCGAAAUAGAAGACCUUACUUUGGUUAUGUGAAACGUGCAAUGAAUAGAGCACCCUCUGCACGAGACUUCUGGUGGGCUGAGCAUCAAGAGAGAUGUGGAGGUACAUUCACAAAAGUGAAGGAGCCAGAGAACUUCUCUAAGAAAUCCAAGGAGAAAACUCAGCCAGCAGAACUUCCAAGUUCUGAGUCAACUAACAAAGGAAAGACACAAACACGUGAUACACAAUGUCAGAUGCCUUUUAGUGGCAAGGGGUAUCGUCUUGGGGGAGACAGUGGACUCUCAGAAAAAAACAGAGAUUCCAGCAGCAGUGUUAGAAAGAGUGAAACACCUGGAUCACAGCAUCGUUCAGCAGUAAAGACAAUACCAAUCCCUAAAAACGAGAUAAAAUUUGAAAAAUCACCCCGUAGUGGUAUCUUAUUUCCACUUUAUACUGGUGAUGGCAGUGAGAAGAUCAACUUAGGUUCAAAGCGAGAGUUUCCUAAGCUCUCUGUUGCCAAUACAAAGGCCUACAAGAAUGUUGGCGGAUCACCUGUUAAAAUUCCUCAUGUUACAAAAGAAAAAUCAAGCCAAGGUUCUGCAAGUGGCAAGAGGGUUAUGCCAUUAUUUUAUACCAGGGCACCCAAACAAAUUUGUUUUGAGGAGACAUCAGCAUCACAGGUUGCAUCUGAGAAAAAAAGCUCUGAGGGUACUAAUGUGCUGCAGCAAUGGCCGAAGUCGGAAGACAGAACUGCCUUUGAAAACUAUUUCAUUAGAAAAGACAGUUCUGAUGUCCCCUUAAGUAUGAACACAGCUAUGAAAACCAAAGCUGAUUCUUCUGUGUCCUCAGCAAGUUCCAGCACUGCUGUAAGGCAGGAUAAAAAAGUCAGUUGUCCUGUUUGCCAAACUGAGGUUUUGGAGUCUAAAAUAAAUGAACACCUUGAUUCUUGUCUUGCAUGA